CAGUUGAUGCAACAUGCUUUAGAUGUUAACCCAACACAGCCAUAUUGGCUGAAAAUACAAGCUGAUAUAUACUUUGCUCACAAUCAGUAUUCAUCAGCUAUGAAAUAUUAUUUAGAAUGUGGAGUAGUAGCUACAGAUUAUUUCUCUAGUCCUGUACCAUUAGGCCUGUAUGAUGAUCAGGUUUAUAGAAAGAUGAUAAAAUGUUGCUCAUAUUUACAAUGCCAUACACAAGUAAGUGUUCUGUGUCAGUUUUUAGAUGAAGUAGAUUAUGGAACAGCGUUUAAAGCGUUACAAGAGAAGACUUGCUAUGAUGCUAUGGAUGCUUAUUAUCCUUGUAUGUGGGAUAUUGCUAUCUUAGAACAUCUGAUACAUUUACACACUAAAAGAGGUGAAAUUGAGAAAAGCAAAGCAGCUAUGAAAGCUAUUGGUCAAAUGGAUGUCAACUGUGGAAAUCCAGAUGAGACAUUACGUAGAGCAAUUUCAACCAGAAAAACUAAAUUUCUCAGAGCUUUAGCUAAACAAUAUAUUACCUGA